AACCCAACGUCCUUCUUCUCCCGCACUCUCACAACUUUUUUCUCCCUCUUUUUUUAUUUAUUUUAUUUUUAUAAAGCCCAGUCCCGCCGGCACUUUUUGGAGGUACUUCAUGGACGUCAUGUGCGUGCGCAGCCUCUUCUCCUCCUCCUCCUUCUUCUUCUUCUUCAUCCUCCUCACCUUCAAGCUGCCGGAGCCCGUGCGCUCCACGCAGAACCAGAUCUGCGACCUGGUGAAGGACAUCGACAAGGAGAGGGACGCCUGUGAGGCCCAGAGAGAGAACAAGACGACAGGUUGCAGCGGGACGUGGGACAAGAUCACCUGCUGGCCAGCUGCAGACGUGGGCCAGGUGGUCACCAUCCCGUGUCCUGAGUAUCUGCUCUACUUCUCCCGGGAGCUUCACACACGCAACCUGUCAAAGACUUGCACCGAGGACGGCUGGAGCCCCGUCAGCAUAGACAUAAAGGACUGCGGCUACAAUCCCAACAGCACCACGGAUGAUCAUUCGCAGAGGGACUUCUUUGACGCCAUCAUAGUGGGUUACACCAUCGGUCACAGCGUGUCCCUGGUCUCUCUCACCGCCGCCAUCAUCAUACUGUGCCUCUUCAGGAAGCUGCACUGCACCAGGAACUACAUCCACAUGCAUCUCUUUGUGUCCUUCAUCCUCAAGGCCAUCGCCGUCUUCAUCAAGGACGUCGUUCUGUACGAUGUCGGCGAGACGGACAGCUGCCAUUCGUCUGUGGGCUGCAAGGCGGUGGUUGUCUUCUUCCAGUACGGCAUCAUGGCCAGUCACUUCUGGCUGCUGGUGGAAGGCCUGUACCUCCACGCUCUCUUGGCCGUCUCCUUCUUCUCCGAGAGGAAGUACUUCUGGUGGUACAUCCUGAUUGGCUGGGGCGCUCCGACCAUCUUCAUUUCAGCCUGGGCGAUCACGAAGGCUUAUGUAAAUGAUUUUGGGUGCUGGGAUAUCAUUGAUGACAAGCUCUGGUGGAUCAUCAAAACGCCCAUUUUAGUAACCAUACUCGUCAACUUUAUUCUCUUCAUGUGCAUCAUCAGGAUUUUACGGCAGAAGAUGAAUUGCCCCGACAUUGGGAGGAAGGAAUCAAAUCAGUACUCGAGACUGGCGAAAUCCACGCUGCUCUUGAUACCGCUCUUUGGGAUCAAUUACAUCCUUUUCGCCUUCUUUCCUGACGACAUCCACCCACAGCUGAGGAUGGUGUUCGACCUCAUCCUGGGCUCAUUUCAGGGGUUUGUUGUUGCCGUCUUGUACUGCUUCCUCAACGGAGAGGUCCAGGCGGAGAUCAAGCGCAAGUGGCGGCGAUGGAUGUUGCAGCGCUUCCUGGGCGCCGACACCAAGUACCACCUGCCCUCCAUCGGCAGCAACGGCAACAACUUCAGCACCCAGAUCUCCAUGUUGACCAAGUGCAGCCCCACCGCCCGGCGAGCGUCCGCCUGCCAGGAGCACUUCUCCGCCCUCUGACUUCCUCGCCGGCGGCGGGAAUCCGUAACAAACGUGACAUGCUGUACAUAAGCGGUGCCGUCAUGUCAGGGGCCGGGGGUCACCUGAAGGCAACACGACCUUUUUUUAGUUUGUUGUAACCCCGCCCGGGCGAUGUGACGUGCAGCCAGGAUGGGAGUCGACGUGAGUACACAGUACCAUUCAGGUGUUCCAACUCCUUCUAAAUAUGGCGUGUGGCUUUACAAACUAUCCGUUUUAAAGGCAGAACCAAAAGCAGGAUUUUUCCUUCCACAAAAUAAUGUUGUAUUUUUGCCUCAUCCGUCACUUUAUAAGUCCAAAACAGAGGAUGCAAGGUUAACUUGCUCACUGAUGCUACCUGGUGGUGGGUUGGGUGCACUGCAGCUAGUCCCUAAUGCAGGGGUCGGCAACCUAAAAUGUUGCAAGAGCCAUAUUGGACCAAAAAUACAAAAACAAAAAUAACUGAAGCCGCAAAAAAAAAGCAAAAAGCCAUAUUACUUACAGAUAGUGUGUCAUGUGAUUUAAAUUGAAUUAUAGCCGCAAUCAGCGAUGGACGGGACCUAGAAGUAGUUUUGUCUGUGUUUUAUUCCUAGGGGGCGCUAGAGCGCAAUUUUGAGUUUUUUUUUUUUUUUUUAAUUAGAUAUCAAUUUUCGCCAGUCCUGAUGUGUGUGUCCAGUUUGGUGAGUUUUGAAGCAUUUUAAGGGGGUCAAAUUACAGCUCAAAGAGGCAAAAAAGACAUUUUUUUAGGAAACUUUUGUUUUGAAGGGGUUUUUGCCAACUUCCUGUUGAUUUUUGCUGAAGGAGGUCAGUGUAUGAAAUCUAGGUCUAAGUGAGACCUACAUAGAGGUUUUUGUUUCAUGUCUCUACGACAUUCCUAACGGAAGUUACAAGCAGUUUUGUCUGUGUUUUCUUCCGAGGAGCAGUUUUGUCUGUGUUUUAUCCUAGGGGGCGCUAGAGCGCAAUUUUUAUUUAUUUUUUAAUUUUUUAUUAGAUCUAAAUUUUCGCCAGUCCUGAUGUGUGUGUCCAGUUUGGUGAGUUUUGACGCAUUUUAAGGGGGUCAAAUUACAGCUCAAGGAGGCAAAACUGGCAUUUUUUUUUAGGAAACUUUUGUUUUCAAGGGGUUUUUGCCAACUUCCUGUUCAUUUUUGCUGAAGGGUGUCAGUGUAUGAAAUGUAGGUCUAAGUCAGACCUACAUAGAGGUUUUUGUUUCAUGUCUCUACGACAUUCCUACCGGAAGUUACAAGCAGUUUUGUCUGUGUUUUCUUCUGAGGAGCAGUUUUGUCUGUGUUUUUUCCUAGGGGGCGCUAGAGCGCAAUUUUGAGUUUUUUAAAAUUUUUUUAUUAGAUCUAAAUUUUCGCCAGUCCUGAUGUGUGUGUUCAGUUUGGUGAGUUUUGACGCAUUUCAAGGGGGUCAAAUUACUGCUGAAGGAGGCAAAAAUGAUAAUUUUUUUAGGAAACUUUUGUUUUGAAGGGGUUUUUGCCAACUUCCUGUUGAUUUUUGCUGAAGAAAGUCAGUGUAUGAAAUCUAGGUCUAAGUCAGACCUACAUAGAGUUUUUUGUUUCAUGUUUCUACGACAUUCCUACCGGACGUUACAAGCAGUUUUGUCUGUGUUUUUUUCCUAGGGGGCGCUAGAGCGCAAUUUGUUUUGGGUUUUGUUUUCUUUAUUAGAUGGCAAUUUUCGCCAAUCCUGAUGUGUGUGUAAAAUCUGGUGAGUUUUGAAGCAUGUUAGGGGGUCAAAAUACAGCUCAAAGAGGCGGCGGAAUAAUAAUAAUAAUAAUAAUAAUAAUAAUAAAACCUUAGAAAUACAAUAUGGUCCUCUGUCCCAAAGGGACAUUUGGUCCCUAAUUAAGAGUUCUUAAAGGAAACUAAAUGAGCUAAAAUGUAGCUACAAAUGAGGCAUAGUGAUGCAAUAUGUACAUAUAGCUAGCCUAAAUAGCAUGUUAGCAUCGAUUAGCUUGCAGUCAUGCACUGAUUAGCACUCCACACAAGUCAAUAACGUCAACAAAACUCACCUUUGUGCAUUCACACACAACGUUAAAUGUUUGGCGGACAAAAUGAGGCAGAAAAAGAAGUGGCCUGAAACACGUCUUAGGAAGUCGGAGAAAGUUGUACAUGUAAACAAACUACGGUGAGUUCAAGGACCGCCAAGAUGAGUAGGACAAAACGGCGCUGGCCAAACACUCGAAUCAGUGAAGCAUGUUUGAUACAAACAGUGUGCUUUAUAGCAAUUAGGGAGGUUUGUGUCAUGUUUGUCCUCCUAAAGAAACCAAAUUAAAAACAAAAAAUAUUUUUUCCAUUUUUCGUAUAUUUUUGAAAAAGCUCCAGGGAGCCACUAGGGCGGCGCUAAAGAGCUGCAUGCGGCUCCAGACCCCUGUCCUAAUGCAUCAAUUCCAUCCUCACAGGAAUGAGGCAAAAAUACAACACGACCUGCCUGCCGUAAAUUCCGGACUAUAAGCCGCUUAUUUAUUCCCUUCGCUUUGAGCCCCGGGGCCAAUAAAACGGUGCGGUUCAUUUAUGGGAUUUGUCUUCGCUGUAGGCCAUGAAGCAAAACCGUUUUUUAUUAAACGGGGGAAGGCGUGGCGCGGUCGGGAGAACCUGAGGGUUCCUGGUUCGAUCCCCUGGUAGCUGUUCCUGACAUUAGUGUGUGAAUGGAUGAAUGUGGAAAUAGUGUCAUGAAGGUAGAAAAACCCUAUACAAGUAUAACCCAUUUACCAUUUAAUUUAAACGCAUGCUACGGCGCCAUCUUUUGGACGAGUUUGCACAUGUGUCAAUGCCUACAAGUGUUUUCUGCCGUGAAAGGUCCGAACCGGAAGUAGAAGUGCCGUUUCAUCUUUUUGAUAAAAUAUAGAUAGAUUCUUCAUUCAUCACUCCAUGCAACGUUUUACAAUACAACUAAAACUAUUCACAAUUACGAAACGAUCCCAUGUGCGAUGUCACUGGGAGUGUUUUCAUACAUAUUGUAAACAAGCUAGCGUCAUUAGCAUUAGCUAAUAUCUUAACUUAGACUUUCCUUUUUUUGUCGUUCAAAUUUGAACUUUACCGUACGGAUAAGUACGGAGUUUUGUUGCAUUAGCUGGUUGUAGUGCAGGAUAAAAGAGCAAUAUGGCGCAGAUGUAAAUACAUAGAUAAAUGUAUAGCACUUUUGCAUAUGCAUCCACGUUUAUGGAUGUAUGUUAUAUUGUCUUUAAAUUCCAGCAAGUUCAUCCGUUUUUGGGGCGGAAUUAAGGGGAUCAAUAUGAUGCGUUCAAGUGUCUUAUGCCCUGAGGGAAAAAGCUGUUCCAGAACCUGAAGGUUCUGCUACGGAGUCCAGCAGUGAAAAGGCUAUUAACUAGCAAUUCAAUUAUUUUUGUAUUGUGUCAGGUUCAAACACUGAUUACAUCUAUUAAACAAGACAAGAAGCAAGGAAUCAAACGGAGACAGAAUUAAAUUUGGACUCCGGUCUGAGGAGAGAAAUGGCCACUGUAGUCUCUGUACAGUCCUGCACCACGUUCUGCCAAAAGACUUCCUCCCACCCCGUUCCCACAGCUGCUUCCUAAGGGAAGUGGGUCGUAAACAGCGUUGCCCUCGGUUACCGGACAGUUCGAAGAGAGUUUGUCAAGUAGUUAAAAAAUCCAUCCAUCCAUUUUC